CGAAACUUAUGCCUCUGAAAUCCCUGACUACUCAGAAGUUAGAAAGUAUGAAUAAGGCAUCAGAUAACGAGGCCAAAAACUUGAAAUCCAAAACGGCGAAAGACGUUUGAUGGUAUUUUACGUAGCUGACGUGCCUGACAGAAAUGACUGUUGGACCAUUAGUUGUUGAUGUCGUUGUGACUUUUUUCCUAGCUUUUAGCAUCAUAUACAGAUAUAUUAAUUGGAGACGACAUCACGUUAUCGUAAAGUUCGCAGUGCUAACAGGAUGGUACUUUUCGUUCCUCAUAAUCUUCGUUCUUCCACUGGAUGUAUCAUCUACUGUGUACAGACAAUGCUUGAAAAAGAAUAAUAUCACAGAGUCUGAAAAUACUACUUCUACAGUCUGCCGUGAACCAUGGAGCUAUGUUGGAAACGAUCUGUAUUUACACCUCUGGCAUAUUGUCUAUUGGACAUCACAGUGCCUAACAUGGCUUGUACUGCCCUUAAUGCAGUCAUAUAUAAAAGCUGGGGACUUUACAAUCCGGGGUAAACUUAAAUCAGCUUUGAUUGAUAAUGCAAUAUAUUAUGGAUCAUAUCUCUUCAUAUGUGUCAUUCUUAUAAUAUAUAUUGCAGUAAGACCAAGCCGUUAUUUUUAUGGUCAGAACCUGAAGACUAUUGCGUCAUCAGCCAGUAACACAUGGGGAUUAUUCCUGUUAAUUCUUCUUCUCGGUUAUGCUCUUGUGGCUGUUCCUCGAUCACUAUGGAAUGCGAGUAAGAAAGGUUAUUCUCUAAACUAUGCAUAUUUCAAAGCUGGAAAACUGAGUUUAGAGAAGCUGGAAGCUGAAGAAGCACUUGACGAUGUUUUGGAGACACUUUUGGGUGUUAAAAUGUCAGUAACACCAGGGCAUCCAUCAUAUAAAAAUGUAGAAACUAUUCUCCAAAAGCUUCCAAUGGAACUCCAGGACCGUAUGUGCCGUAGGCAACUUCCUGAUGAUGCCCCACUUGAUACACCAUCUGAAAAAGCAUUAGUUAGACUUCACAGACAGGUUAUAAAGACCUUACAAACAUAUCAUCGCACUGAGACACAGUGGACUAUUCUUGUGGAAAAAAUCUUUGAACUGGAAGACAUUGCAUACAAUCAAGAGAAUCGUGAUCAUGUAUUUAGGCCUACUUUUCGACCAGUGCGACCUGCAUUGCUGAAUUUGAUAUACACACCUACCAUUGAAUGGUACUGGAAGUGCGUGCUUCAGAACUAUAUUCUAAAACUGAUGGCAGUUGUCACUGGCUUGCUAUCCGUUGCUGUUGUUUGGUCAGAAGUUACUUUUUUUAACAAAGAACCAGUUCUGUCAUUGUUUGCAGAGUUCAUUAAUUUAGCAGCAGCAAGUUAUGAUUAUGCCACAAUAGAGGUUCUUUCAACAUUGGUCAUUGCAUACUUGUGCUAUUGCGCCUAUUCUACAGUUCUCAAGAUUAAAUUUUUAAACCUGUACUACCUUGCUCCACAUCAUCAGACAGAUGAAUAUUCACUUAUCUUCUCUGGAAUGAUGUUAUGUAGGCUCACACCACCUAUUUGCCUAAAUUUUUUGGGACUGAUCCACAUGGAUAGCCAUGUCAUAAAAACACACAUCAUGGAGACUUACUACACACAGGUAAUGGGACAUAUGGAUGUUGUGCCCAUUAUAUCGGAUGGCUUCAAUGUAUAUUUUCCUAUAGCCGUCCUGGCAUUUUGCCUUGCAACUUACUUUAAUGUUGGGUCUCGUAUUGUGUCAUGGAUAGGAUUUCACCAGUUUUUGGGUGAUGAAGAAACUGCAGACUUGGUUGCUGAUGGAAGAGCGCACAUAAGAAGAGAAAUGAGAAGACGUCAAAGAGUCGAAGACUCAGUAAAUCGUCGUAAAGCUUACGAAGAAAGGCUGCAAGACAGUACCCGAUACAGGUCAUCUCGAGAAGCUGCUGAUGAGAGAGUGCAACCUCUUCAUCGAGAAGAUUCAGGAGAAUCAGCUCGUGCGGUACUUCUGCGUGAUGUGGAACCUGUCGAUUAUGUAGAGACUGUGCCAGCAAGAAGAUUUACCCAAGGACGUAAUCAGUAUUACACCAAUGUUGAGUUAGAAUCAAAUGAAAAUAGUGUGCAUACACACACUGAUGACACGUUACUGUAUCAGAAUGGCUCUGAAAGUGUUAUCGAACCUGCUUUUGGGUACCAGACAUCAAGAGAUAGACAUGGUCUUCCUCCAAGAGGAUUAUUUGAUGAUGUUUAAUGUUUGUUACCGAUAUAAAAAGAAAUGAACUAUUUACUAUACAAAGGAUAGAUGUUAUGUAUAAAAAUAUUGUCAAUCUGUUGUUAUCUACUUGUAGAUACUAUGAUUCUGAAGGAGGUUUGACAGAAUGUGAGAGGUGACUUCGGUCAUCAUUGCAAGUGAUAUUCACAUUCAAAGUAAAGCAAAGCACACAUUAACUGUGUGUUGAUUCACAUAUGAAACUGUUAUAGUCAAUCUCAGCAUGGUUUGUAGUCUUACACCGAGUAUCAUAGGUUGAAAAAUUUUGCCUCAGAGAACUUCUACUCAGUUUUGGUCAACAGAAUACUCAGUUCAGAAUAAGUUAUAAUUUUUUUUGUAAUCACAACAAAAUGUGAUAAUUUAAUUCUGACAGUAAUGAAAGAUGUUACAUAUUCCUGUAUUUGCUGACAUUUAUUGUGGUUAACUUUUUUGUGUCAGUGAUUGUAUAUUUUCUAAUGGACAUACUGUGUAAUUUCUGUGCUAACUUUACUGUCUAAAUGGACGAGGGUGCGCUGAAAAGUAAUGCCUCCAAUUUUUUUUUUAUAUGAAAACUCUUAAAGCUUUGUUAGUAAAACAAAUAUUAUUGAUAUUCUACACCUUUAUUCUUCAUGUUUACAUAUUUAUUUCUCAGCAUAGUCACCCUGGCAAUGACCACAUUUCUCCCAAUGAGAGACCAGUUAGUUUAUACCGCCACUGGAGAAUGCUUGACUUUGUUGUUGGAGCCGCAACCUCACCUCUGCUUGCAGCACUUCAUCACUAUUAAAGUGAAGGCCUCGAAGGUAUCCUUUAAGUUUUAAAAACAGGUGAAAAUCAGAUGGGUGUAAGCUGGAACUCUAUGGAGAAUGAUGGAUGACAGUGAAUCAAAGGCAUCAGGUUGUUGCAGAUGUCACAUUGAUUGUGUGUGAUCUGGCACUGUCAUGCCGAAACAUAGGGUGAUCCAUGUGUGGACGAACACUUUGAAUUCAAAACUCGAUUACAGCACACUGUUUCUCCUGUACCCACAUAGUUAAGUUAGACACCAAAGAAACAUAAAGAAUAAACAUGUAGAAUUUUAAUAAUGUUUGUUUCAUUUUUAAAGCUUUAAGAAUUUUCACAAAUGAUUCAGAGGAAUCACUUUUUAUCAAGCACUCAUAUUAUCACAUCAUAGUAUGCUAAACAGUUCAUGUGGACUUGGCCACCAGUGACAUUUCACACUUCAUGUGUUGUAGUGGAAUGUUUGGCACUUCAUUCACAGAUGAGAAAGAAGUGUGUGCGUGGUGUCCUAUAUGCAAAUAUUUUCUGCUAUUUUGUUUUAGUCAGAGUAAUGUUGUGGUUCCUGUUUACUGUCAUUUUGUGAAAGAUAUAACAGGUUUUGGAUAUACAUGUUGCCUUGCUUUGCAGGAAAAGUUAUGAAAGAACUUGUGACCUUUCAUUUAAUUUGUAUAAUAAUUCUUUAGUAGAUAACUAAUGUUUUGUUUUUCCAUUUGUUUGUGAGCCAUGAUAAAUGCUGUCAAAUUUUUUUUGCCCACACUGAGUGAUGGUUGGUUAAAUGUUGUCAGUGUGAGUGUACUCCAUGUGUUGUACAUGUGUAUUCCAUGUGUUGUACUGUUUAUGAAUAAUUUCUGUUCAUAUACUGUGUCAAUCCUGGAGUCCACUUAGCAAAAACCCUACCUCCACAUAAAAGAAAUUGGACUACUCACAUCAUUAAGAAACUGCAUCCCCAUGCUGUUGCAAAUUGCAAUAUGCAUUAUUACAAACAGCACCUAAUAUUCAAAACAAACACAAUGUGCAUUUCAUAUGGAAAUUAAAGUUGGCGGAAGACUCUUAAAGGUGGUUGUUGGCAGUCUGAGUUCCAAAACGUGCCCACGGCAAUUUCUCAAGAAUGCAGUAAGGUCUGAGCUUUUAGAACUCUGUGAGCAAAGGAGUACAUGUUUGCAUCCAGUAACCACCAGACAUUCUUAAUUAUCAUAAUUCUGUUGGAAGACCCCAAGAUGUUGUAUGGAGAAAAGUCAGUAUUUAUAGGUUUACAUUGUCUGCUAGUUUAUUACUAAAUUAGUUAAAAGUACUUUCUGUGUGAAUACAUAAUUUGGUAGAAUGGUGUGAAAUCACUCCCAGUAUUGGUGUGUGACAAAGUAAAAUGUGAAAUUCAUGAAAAAGGAUAAUACUUCACCAACUACUAGUUAUUUCGUUAAAAGGAAUAAAAUCCAAUAAGGUAAAGCUAUUUACAGUUAACAGUGCGUUACUUUAGUGGGCUUGGUCCUAUUGGAGGUGGUAGUCCCUUACUUCACUCUAGCCUUUGAAGUGAGUUAAACCCAUUUAUAAUGGUACGAUGUGGACUCUGAACCACUUAGUGGAAAUACAAUGCCCACUAUUUGCUUUGAAGUUACAUAAGCAGCAGUGUUCACUGAACUACAAUUUAGACAUGCAUUUGGCAGCUUCUGAUUACUUAGACAAUGAGUACUUUAUUGGUAGACUCUUGUGUAUCUCUCACAUAUAUUCAUGGAAAAAAACUCUGCUAUAAUUCUAAUGACAGCCCGUGCCUGACCAUAGUUUCCACAUGAGAUAUUUAUGGAGAUGCUGUUUGACCAUUAACAAUCACAUUUUCACUGCAAAAGUAUGUGACAAUUUGCAAACUGCAUUGCUUUAAAAAUAUAUCACUGUUGGCCCAAAAUGUUGAAAAUUACCCCACUUCGCAACUUAGGUAGCUCCUUUUAUAUGCAAAACAAUGGGAAACAUGUAGGGAAGAUACAAUGUAUAUAAAUGCCACACUAACUCUCAACUCUUAUGCUUUUAAAGAUGCACACUACUUCAUUAAAUGUAGGAAGUGGUCAUAGUAAUGUAAUUCAAUCAUGUACAUUAUAAUUGGUAGCUGAAAUACAUUGAGAGAUAACUCACUUCACAUAAGCAAUUUUUGCCAGUAACAGUGUGUGCAGAAAAGGUUUGAAAGGUGCAUUAGGUAGUAGGAUUUAAACAGAAAAGGUCUUUUGGUCCUUAGAUGCCAUCAACAACAAGUCUUUUCUACUAGGUAAGUUCGUAGCAAUAAAUAAAAACAGAACCGUCAUGGAAAAUGUAGCCAAAGACAUAAAUACUCCUGCUUAGUGUGGCUCACUUUCAAUGCACCUGUGCCAUGAGAGGAGAGAAACAUGUUUUUAUCAUGUAAAUUUAAUGUGAGGAGGUGGGGGAAGGAAAUGAAAGGGAGGAACUAUUGAUAUAAGCUGCUUCAGGAUUUCAUGUGGAAUCAGUAGCAAUGAUUGAAAAUGUGUGCCAGACUGGGACUCAAAUCCAGAAUCUCCUGCUUGUUAGGCAGUUGCAUUAAUCACUGCACCAUCCAGAUACAGUGCUUAUCCCAAAUGUGUGAACUGUUUUGACAGACUCCCCAGCCAACUCGCAUUCCCAUCUAGCUGCACCUAUCCACAGUCCCUGUCAAUGUCCUCCAUGCUUGCCAAUUUUAGAUUCGUGUCAGAGGUCGAAUGAAAUGUGCAACUGCACUGAAGAUUGUGGAUUCAUUGUCCAUCGAGGCGAAUCAGUUACAUGAAUGUAUCCGAAAGAACAUUCAUAUAAAUGUGCUUUUAUCAUCAGCAUCUGUCUGUAAUACACAUACAUUCAUUACACUACAGGCUAUUUUCAUGCAAAUUACCACAUCAUUACUGCUCCCUUUACAAACUCAUCAUGCAGAUGCUAAAUAAUAUUAAGUACAAAACAUGGAAGGGAUGUUAUUUCUUUCAUGAGACACCACAAAAAUGCAUGUGGCUAAAGAAUACAACGAGAAGUACUACAUCAUAAAGACUGAAUGCAAAAUUACAGUGUUAGACAAGUCACAAUAUGAUUUUGGUCUGUAGAUAAUUUUUUUCAUGUAUAUAAUUGUGACGUUCACAUGUAUAGUACCGCAAAGGAAGAAAGAAGGGCAAAAAAAUUACUCUACUUUAUAUGAACAAGUGCAUGUACAUAAUGUUCCUUGUUAAUCCACACAGGAAAAUAAAAUAUUUUUAAAAGUAAA